UUUCUCGUGUCAUCAAAUCUCAAAAAGAAAAAAAAAGAGAAACUCGAAAACGAGAAAAAUGGCGAGCUCCGAUGCUCUCUUGCCAAUCUCCGCCAGAGAAGAAGAACCAUUAUGUCCUUACACGAGAUUACCAAUGGCCGACCCGAAUCAAGAAACCCAUGGCCCCCGGAGAAGAAGACCCUUUAAAGGUCUCCUCGCCGUCUCAUUUGGUCUCUUGUUCAUCGCCUUUUACGUCGCUCUCAUCGCCACACACGACGGAUCUAGAUCCAACGACGAAGGGAUCGAUGAAACAGAGACGAUAACGUCACGUGCACGUCUUGCUGGUGUGUCGGAGAAACGUAACGAUGGGUUAUGGAAACUUUCCGGUGAUCGGAACACGCCGGCGUUUGAAUGGAACAAUAGUAUGUUGUCGUGGCAACGAACGGCGUUUCAUUUUCAGCCUGAGCAAAAUUGGAUGAACGAUCCUAACGGUCCAUUGUUCUACAAGGGAUGGUACCAUUUCUUCUACCAAUAUAACCCAAACGCAGCCGUAUGGGGUGACAUUGUUUGGGGUCACGCCGUGUCUAGGGACCUAAUCCAUUGGGUCCAUUUGCCCAUAGCCAUGGUCGCUGAUCAAUGGUACGACUCCAACGGUGUGUGGACCGGCUCAGCCACAUUUCUCCCUGAUGGCUCUAUAGUCAUGCUCUAUACCGGUUCCACCGACAAAGCGGUGCAGGUCCAAAACCUUGCCUACCCUGAAGACCCCAACGACCCACUUCUGUUGAAAUGGGUCAAGUUCCCGGGGAACCCGGUUCUAGUACCUCCGCCCGGUAUCCUCCCUAAGGACUUCCGUGACCCAACGACUGCAUGGAAGACAUCAGAAGGAAAAUGGCGGAUCACGAUUGGUUCCAAGCUCAACAAAACUGGAAUCUCACUCGUGUACGACACAAUCGACUUUAAAACAUACGAGAAACUUGACACAUUGUUGCACCGAGUUCCCAACACUGGAAUGUGGGAGUGUGUUGACUUUUACCCGGUGUCUAAGACUGCGGGCAAUGGGCUUGACACAUCGGUCAAUGGACCGGAUGUGAAGCAUAUCGUGAAGGCUAGCAUGGACGACACGAGGUUCGAUCAUUAUGCUGUAGGCACGUAUUUCGAUUCAAACGGAACAUGGAUCCCCGAUGAUCCUACUAUCGAUGUUGGGAUGACUGCCAGUUUAAGAUAUGAUUACGGAAAGUUCUAUGCUUCAAAGUCGUUUUACGACCAGAACAAGGGUCGAAGAGUCUUGUGGAGUUGGAUUGGUGAGUCUGAUAGUGAGGCUUCUGAUGUACAAAAGGGUUGGUCUUCUCUCCAGGGUAUCCCAAGAACCGUUGUCCUCGACACAAAGACAGGAAAGAACUUGGUUCAAUGGCCAGUAGAAGAAAUCAAAUCUCUUAGACUAAGCAGCAAGCAAUUUGAUCUCGAGGUCGGUCCCGGGUCAGUGGUACCGGUCGAUGUAGGUUCCGCAGCUCAGCUAGACAUCGAAGCAGAAUUCGAGAUUAACAAAGAAUCUCUAGACAAAAUCAUCGGAAACGCUUCGGUAGUGGCUGAAGCCGAGGAAUUUAGCUGCGAAAAAAGCGGAGGCUCCACCGUCCGUGGUGCUUUAGGGCCAUUCGGAUUCUCGGUACUUGCCACAGAGAGCUUGUCUGAGCAAACACCGGUUUACUUCUAUGUAGCUAAGGGAAAAGAUUCAGAGCUCAAAACUUUCUUCUGCACAGACACCUCAAGGUCAUCUGUUGCAAACGAUGUCGUUAAACCGAUAUACGGUAGCGUCGUACCGGUUCUAAAAGGGGAGAAACUGACCAUGAGAAUUUUGGUGGAUCAUUCGAUAGUAGAAGCAUUCGGACAAGGUGGAAGAACAUGUAUAACAUCAAGAGUCUAUCCAACAACUGCAAUCUAUGGAGCAGCCAAGCUCUUCUUGUUCAAUAAUGCUCUUGAUGCGACGGUUACGGCGUCGUUUACAGUUUGGCAAAUGAACAGUGCUUUUAUUCAUCCUUACUCUGACGAAGCUGUCCGUGCUCUCUCCCGUACCUGAUUAUUUUUACUUCCUUCUCAUUUUUUAUACAUAGAUUUAUCUGUAAUAAUUAAUGGUUUUUUCCGAUUUUAUUUGAUAUUUGAUUUAGAAAAAAAAGGCACUGAAACAUCAUUAUCACAAUUUACAAUUUUGGAGAAAUAAAUUUGUUUAAUAGUUUUUUUCAUGUAAUAUAUUAAAAGUCAGAACCUUCGGAUUA